CGUUUGUGCGACGGGGCCCCUCCGAGGGUUAGGGGCAUCCUGCGUUAAUAGGCAUCCUGAAUUACCCUAAUGGGGGGCAGGCUGGGGAGAUCGGAGCGGUACCGUUGCGUACACGGGCGGACCGCUCAUCCUGCUUAUGCCGCAGCAAACGCAUUUUCACCGCUCGGCUAUUUGCGUCCUCGAAAUGCAAUGUCACCAGUAAGUACGAAUCGCAGAAUUAACACGGAGGGAAACGAGGGGACGUGCCGAUGCCGAAUAGUCAGGGGCCGUGUAUGAUCAUGAUGUGUUAAAACUGGCUGCCGUGCAGUCUUCUUCCUUUUCGGGUUGCACUCGAUGUGGGAUGCAAGGGCAGAUAUUUGUUUUUUAUAUGCACGAUCCUGCUCCCUAUCACCAGAGCCGCUGUUACCCCUUACAUGAAUGUUGAUGAGGAUGCACCGUGCAGGUCCAUCAGACCACGGUUAAAAAAAGAAGCAAAUCCAAGGGCAGUCGUGUCAUGAAAUCUACGGUUGCUGACCGAGGUAGAAACCGCACGGGGAGGUUGAUUAAAACAAAGGUCCAUUUCAUCACGGGAGCGUUUGGGCGUUUAAGACGUGCGGCACAAUGUCACAUUAGGUUAAAUGUCACAAGAAGUAUUAUGCGAGCUAAAUAAAAGCGGCACAAGGGAAUGCUUUUGCAAUAGAAUGACUAAAUAGAUAGGGAUGGAUAAGGAUUUGUAAAUGGUCUGUUUUGUGGGAGGUCUUCUCCAGAUCACGAAGUUGGUUGGCGAGAAGCAACCUAUAUGAAGAAAGACUUUAUAUACACGAAAUGUUCAGGCACAAGCUGUCUUUCCAGUUUUCUUAGGAUUAAAGGAUAUCUGGCUGAAUUGAUUCAUUUUCAUUAAGACCAGACUGCUUGCAUUUCUAGAAUCACAGUAUGAUCAAAGUUUCACUUAAAGGUCAUUUUAAAAUAAGGUUAACUGCUUUUCCAAGUUAAUUACUAGGGAAGAACACCAAACCCAACAGAAUUCAAGUUAGUAUAGGGGCCAAUAACGGUAACUGGAUAAAGCGUUAAGGAAGAUGGAUGGCUGGGCUGUGCAGUGUCUCUGUGCAUCUGGCCUGUAAUCCGGCCCCUGCAUGGAAAAUCCAAGGUCGGUCUCUGUCGGAGUCCAUAAUUCACCCGGAGAUGCGUCGGUGUGAGAGGCGAGCUCAGCAUGUCACGGCCGUCGGGACCCUCUGCUUUCUGGGCGGCUCCUGAAUCUUAUUUAUAUCCGAUCCGUGGCUCUCACGGUCUGGCCGGGCGCUGUACAACACACGCUGCAUGAUGGGUAAAAACAGCGCUAAAUAGGCUACUUGAGGAUAAAAUACCUAAUUUCGUGAAAGACAAUGGCAUCUUACUCCUACGGUAAUGAGCUUUAUUGCAAAUGCACAUUUGUCCCCCGCAUAUCAAAAAACUGUAUCUCUCCCAAUAUGUUCUUCGUGUAAAUAAAUCGCUCAUAGCUAAUGAGAGAAUGCGGCAAAUAGCAGCCUCAUAUUUAAUAGGAAUUUCUAAGACAUUCCAUCCUGUACGAUUAGAUACAAAUGUUAAGCAAAACGCUGUCCUGCUCCAGUCAUGGCGAACAGAUGCGAGCCCUUCCAUCAGCUUCACCUUGGAAUAAUUAACAUUUAUUAAACAAGUAAUCAAGGCUCAUGGGCAUUAGUGAACUGUAAUUAAUAACCGUAGGGAUUCAUUAUUGCUGUUCCUGACAAUUUGAUGUAUAGACAGUCUGUCAAACCCUCAGAGAUUAUCACUUGUCUGAGAACUCGGUACUAGAACUCGGUUCCUAAGGCCAGUAGGGUUACUGCAUGACUAAAAGAUUGUUCGUUACCUUCCUCUAGAGCUAUUUUAAUAUUAUCGCAUAUGGUAUUUUUCAUUCUUCUUUCUGUGACUAUAAAUGUGUUGACUGUCUGGAUUUCAGUUUAGCACGGAAACGCUUUGUCUCUCUGUGCCUUUGUCAAAAUGCCACGGCAGCAUCUGCGGUUAUGCUUUGUCGCCGUUGUUGUUCGUGUUUGAGGAAGUGAGAUCAGCAGUGUUUCCGGGUUCAAUGUGGUGCUGUGCCACGUGUCGGGCUGCACCGGGGGGUGUUAUCAAUCUUCUCAUCCAGGUUCUCUUAGGUCUUUUUCCCCCAGCUCUCCAGGAGAAUCAGCUGGACAGUCUUUGUCUCCAGGGUCUUGGCUGUAAGAUGCAGCAACGAUUGUGGGUUCUUCUCUAGAAGGUUUCAGGCCAUGUAGCCCAGCCUACAAGUCAAGCUGUUGGGAGAGAAGGUUUCUACAGGCUUGUUAUGUUACGUACCCUACUACUGACUCACCUGGUCCCACUCUGCCAAGAGUACCGUGUGAGAGAGCAAGAGGCCGAUGACGGACCAGGUCACGUCAAGCGUGGGGGAACCCCCUCCCCAGUACAUGAUCUUCCUCCUGGUCUUCUUCUUCUUCCUCACUGGGCUCCUUGGCUUCCUCAUCUGCCACAUGCUGAAGAAGAAGGGUUAUCGCUGCCGCACGGGCGAACCCGAAGACGAGGAGGAGGGACAGGACAAGGUGGCUGCCAACAACGAGGACGGAUCUGAGGAAAACCAGGACACAGUGGAACAAAUCCUGAAGUGCAUCAUUGAGAAUGAAGCAAAUAUGGAAGCAUUUAAGGAGAUGCUGGGGGCUCAGAAUGUUUGCGAGCACGUCGAAGCCAGGUUGACGCGCAAGGACAGCGUGGGGGGCGUCCCGCCUCAUCACCACACCGUUCAUUCCGGCAUGGAACGCAACUCCUGCCAUCUGUGCGCUCAGGGCCAGUCCAAGAAAGCUCGGCGCCGGAGCCGGGUAGCGCGGUUCAAGGCGCGGUCGGGGGAGCAAACGGUCUUCUCAGUGGGCAGGUUUCGAGUGACUCACAUUGAGAAAAAGAACAGCAUUCCAGGGGCCCCCAUCUUCCCCAUCCCUGAGUCCGGCGAGAACACAGAGCAACAAAACACAGAGAAAGGGCCCCCGGCCAAGCGUCUGGAUGUGUACGACCUACAGAAAAUGUUCAAGGGGGUCAACCCAGAGGCGACUAAUGGCACACUUCCCCCAAAGGGCUCCAUCCCGAUUCCAAAGAGGAGCACCAGCGAUCCGGCCAUGGUCAAAACAAGUCAGGGGGGAACGGAGCACAAAGCGGAGACUCCCGCCAAUCAGGGAGAUGACACAGAUGUGCCUACGGACCCUGAGAUGAUCUCCGACAAGGGUUCACCCUGCGUAGUGGAGUCAGACAGCGGAGCAGCCGACGCGGAGGACAUGGGGAUCCCCAGGAUGGGCCCAGUUAGGACACGGGAAUUCUGUGUGGUGCGGACAGGGGAUCCCCCGGACGAGGCAGCACAGGGUGAAGAUGGCAGGGAUGACAUGGUGGAGAUGGAGGACAUCAAGGACUGUCGGGUGAGCCAGGGUGAGGAGAGCGCAAGCUCCACCCGUGAGCAGAAAAGGAGGUCCGUGCACACGCAGCUGAAAUGGUGAGGCGGUGCCGUACCACUGUGGGGAAGCGGCAACCUCCAGCGGGUCAGUGUCUGCUCCUUACAUAGCUUUGGCAGAGAGCCUUCCCACACUCGGACUAUCUGAGAAGCACUGGCAUGGGGACAUAUUAACGGUACACAAAGCCCCAGUCAUAACUAAACCUCAGCCAUCAGCCACUAACGCCAGUUUGCGGCAAUGACCUGCUCGCUCCGUUCCUCAGGAAGCAGGUUUAUAGUAAAAACUGUAGUAGAGAGAGAAAACCCCCCCCAAGGCUGCAUGACUGCAUCCAGACCAGGAGAUGAUUAUCUAAAUGUAACGUGUACAGAUGUCACUCCUUGGUUUCACAUUGACCAAUUCCCUGGUGCGAUGAUUAAUCUCUUUGGUUCUGACUGGGCCUUGACCACUAGUUACUGAGAGCUCCCUGAAACAUCUGCAUUAGUCGUCGUGCCAGGUGACCCCAUUUCCUCUGCACCUGUGCCCAAUAGCCCCCACGAGCCUCCCCACCACUUCAGACAUCAUAAGCCAUCUCCCCCUCCCACUGGACCAAAAUGGAGCACAUUUAGAGACCCCCACCCCCCAAAGGUGAGAUGGGGACUUAAGUUUUCCGGCAAGGGUAGAUGAGACCCCACCUGGUGAGAAGCGGAUCUGCCGCUUCGACACCCCGGGCCGCCAUCGUCCUGCCACCCCGCGCUUUGCCAGCCCUGCAGUGCUCUUACUCGUCAGCCAUUUCUGCAAAAAAGACUGCUAAAAAACGAAUGUAUAGUAGUGUGGAAGCAGAAGCCAGAAUUCCAUGUGGUUUGGGUAAGCUUCAUUGUGUGUGAACCUCGCUAUCUCCCAGCAACAUGACGAAUACGCGAUAACGGGUCCUACACGUGCUAACUGCCAUGUAAAGUAUUAUAGUCACCACCCAAAUGAUUUCCUUCUCUGCAUUGUAAAGCCUAUAUGUCUGUAGCUUAAGUAUCAGGCUUUGCUAUGUCACAUGGUAUGUCACAUGACAUGACACAUUCUGCACUUUGACCUUGUACUUCACACAAGAGGCCUCAGGCCCACAAGUCCUGGACAACACAAUUGUGGGCUCCAGAAGGGUUCUGGAACAUUCUUCCCCUGCCCCAUGCGAACUCUGUCCCUUGGCUUCGUUGGCAAAAACAGCUGCUGUAAGCUCACAUCAUACCAAAUCGAAGGAUACAACUCCGGUUGUGUUCUUUGCACAGAAAACUUUUUAGAGAGAAUUUAUGUGAUGAAAAUUAAACUACCAUCAACUGUACCUAUUAAUUUAUAUUAUAGUUACACCGAGAAGGUUCAGGAACAUAUUUAUAUCCAAGAGGAAGUAUAUAGAAACAUAACUUUGUAAAAAAUAUGAUGCAGAUUACUCCGCAUUCAGCACCAUCUCAUGUAAUUAAAGCGAUAUCUUCCAUAUGAACGUCAUGAAUUGAUCUAAGAGUUUUAUCUUUAGGAACUUUUUAGGAUCAGUGUCUUGCAUGUAUUGUCCAGAAAUGUCUCACCAGCAAUGACACAUUACCGUACGUGUCUGGGUAAGGUUAUGCUGCGAAGCACAUCCGCGAUUUGAGAAGGAAACAGGACACGGUGCAUGCAGACAGUGCAGCUGGGCCCUCCUUCUGGUUGGGUCCGUGGGCUCAGGGUUCCCAAGAAACCACGCCUUGAGCCAUAAACCAUGGUACACGAGCCGAAGCGGUUUUGCAUGAGCACCAUAUAGCUGCCUAUGUUUGUGUGGUAACCGUAGCAACUGCCUCGUACAUGUGACAUUGGCAGACUCCAUGUGGAAUAUCUGUAGUAAGACCAAGACUACAAAUUACACCUCACUAUUAAACACACAUCUACUAUAUGUUUAUUAUAUAUACAGACACACCUACCUAUAAAGUGUUGUGUCCUCAAACCUGGAGAUACGGCUGGACAGAAAUUGUCCGGAAAUUUUGAAGAAUGAAAAUUAAAGCUCUGCAUUUUUA